AGCUGCCAGCUUUUCCGUGUUCCGAGGGGGAGAGCGUGGGCUCCGGCGAGUUCUACGUGCCAGGUCCGCCCGGCCCCGGCUUAAUCGCUUUUCCUGGCGGCUCGUCAGCGUCCCCCUCCCCUAAAGUCGGGCCUGGUGUCGGCUCACCCCGCUCCCUGAUGCGGAACUCCGGCGUCCGGGCCUCGCAGAAGCCGCCCGAGGUGGCUGCGCGGCCUUCUAGAGCCCUGGUCCAGCCCCCUGCCCACCGAAGCGUGAUCCUCUUUUCUGUCCCAAAGAAUUUGGCCCAACAGCCUCCCGCGCCCUCUACUGACGUUUCUGUUUGGGGGGUCUCUGAUUCCCUGGGCGGAGAUCCCGGUCGGGUCUCCGGUCAGCAUCAGCCACUGGAACACCGAGUAUUUAUUUUACUGUUAAUCCGCAUCUUGCCAUCUCUGUCCCUUCUCCUCUCCAUCGGCUCCGCUUUAGGGGCAACGCCAUGGUUCCUGUAAGCGCGCUUUUAGGUUUGUUUAGACCGAACACCGUAGGGAUAGGAUUCGUCUUGGAUCCCUCAGUCCAUUUCGUGUGAAUGGUCUCAGGAACGUUCAUGGACUGAGCAGGCAGAUGGAGAAUUGUCCUGAGGACCAGAGCAAUUCAUGAGGUUGUUGAGGCCAUCGGCCACAAGGGGGUCUGAUAGAGUCUCCUACCAGUGCUGGAAAUGAGACUGGGAAGGCUGUAGGCCGCUGUGGGUGUUGCAGGACAGGGUCCAUUGCACUCAUGGCUCUUCUUCUCUUAGCUCCUAAGGUUCUUGCUUUUCCAAAUCAAGAAGACAGUGCUCGAAACCAGGGGACAUCAGCCAUGCACCAAACAACUUGGCCUCAGAGCUUGACCGGGGACACGUUGUUUCAGGAGCCGGUGACCUUUGAGGACGUGGCCGUGUACUUCACCCAGAAUCAGUGGGCCAGCCUGGACCCCAUGCAGAGGGCCCUGUACCGCGAGGUGAUGCUGGAGAAUUAUACGAACAUGGCUUCCCUGGCAUUUCCAUUCCCCAAACCUGUUCUGGUCUCCCACCUGGAGAGAGGGGAAGCGCCAUGGGGCCCAGAUCCCUGGGAAGCAGAGGUUUUGAGAGGCACCUGUCCAGGUGGUGAGUCCCGGAUCAAGAACGAAGAGCCGGCUGGAAAGCGGGAAGCCUCCGAAGAGGCAGAGUGGCACAGAAUGCCAGGAGGAGGGCUUCUCAGAAACGUUUCCCAGCACUUUGACUUUAGAAGCAAGGCGACGUGGCAGACUUUCAGCCUGAAUCCGAAUCUGAUACUUCGGGGGGGAAUGAAGUUCUAUGAGUGUAAAGAAUGUGGGAAAAUCUUCAGGUACAACUCAAAGCUGGUUCGGCACCAGAUGAGUCACACCGGGGAGAAGCCCUUCAAAUGUAGGGAAUGCGGCAAAGCCUUCAAGUCCAGCUAUGACUGUACUGUCCAUGAGAAAAACCACGUCGGAGAGGGGCCCUACGAGUGCAAGCAGUGCGGCAAAGGUUUGAGUUCCAACACGGCCUUGACGCAGCAUCAGAGGAUCCACACUGGGGAGAAGCCGUACGAGUGCAAGGAGUGUGGAAAGGCCUUCCGCAGGAGCGCAGCCUAUCUCCAGCAUCAGAGAUUGCACACUGGGGAGAAACUCUAUAAAUGCAAAGUGUGUUGGAAAGCUUUCGGCUGCAGGUCACUCUUUAUCGUCCACCAGAGGAUUCACACAGGGGAGAAGCCCUACCAGUGUAAGGAGUGUGGCAAGGCCUUCACUCAGAAGAUAGCUUCGAUCCAGCAUCAGAGGGUCCACACUGGGGAGAAGCCCUACGAGUGCAAGGUGUGCGGGAAAGCGUUCAAAUGGUAUGGCAGUUUUGUCCAGCACCAGAAAUUGCACCCGGUGGAGAAGAAGGCCGUCAAGGUUCUUGGGCCACCCCUGAGGAGUCCCCAGCGCCCCUCUCCAGCCCUAUCUGCUGUUCCUCUCCAGGGCCCAUGCUCUGCUCCAGCCGUGGCCGUGCCUUCACUGACCUUUCCACAUGCUGUGCUCGUCCCUACCUCUGGGCCUUUGUUCAUGCUACUGCCCGCGUCCGGAAUGCCUUCCUCACCUGUCCAAAUAGUGCGUGUCUUCCAGGGCCUUUCUCCCCCUGUGAAGCCUUCCCCAGUUAUUCUGACCCCUUCCCCACACUCCUCGUGAGCUUUAUCUCGGCAUCCUUGAGGCUCUUAGGCCCAGCACAUCUUCAGCCUCGCUUGUUUUGUUUGUUUUUUUUUUUUUUUCUCCGUUUACAUGCAUUACAGUUGUUUUGGCAUAAACUCCAUUAUAAUCUA